GUGCUACAUUGUAAUUACCUUGACUCCGAAACGUCACGCACUUAUCGAGAGACUCGACUAGCGUGACGUCCACAGAAAAAAACAAAUACUUAAUUUAAGUGGACUGCAUAAUUUUAGGACAGGUCGUCCCACAACACUGUUCCGAUCCAGGUUGCUGAUUAAUCUCUCUCGAAAUCACAUCAAGCGAAGAGCCUCGCCAACUCGUCAUUGCUUAAUUUCCAAUAUGGAUAGAAGCAAAAAAGAUGAAAAGCAGCAAAAAACAAAUCCACGGGAAUAUGGAAAUAUAUUCUCUUGGCUCUCAUUUGCAUGGAUGUAUGAAACAUUUCGUUUAGGAUGUAAAAGAGACUUGGAGAUGGCAGAUAUUUACUGCUCUUUAAAAGAAGACUCCAGCAAAGUUUUAGGAGAUCUCAUAUCUGAAGUUUGGUUGAAAGAAGAAAAAAUAUGCAAUGAAAGCAAAAUUCGAAAGCCUAGUUUGAUUAGAGUCCUUGCAAAAUCCUUUGGAAGAAAGUUUAUAGUGAUAGGCCUCUGGCAAAUAUUUGAUGCACUUUUCAUUAGAAUUCUCCAAGUAUUGAUAUUUGCUAAAGUAUUAAGUUAUUUUAAUAAUAAAAAUGAGAUGUCAAAGAGUGAAGCUUUUUAUUGGGCUUCAGGUUUCGCGUUUUGUGAAAUUUUAACUAAUAUUAUCACACACCAUCGACAAUAUGCCAUGGCACACUUGGGAAUGAAAUUUAGAAUUGCCUGCUCGGCCAUUGUGUAUAGAAAAUGUUUAAGAUUAUCUAAAGCUUCCGAAGAAAGCAAUGCUUCAACAGGUCAGAUUAUUAAUUUGUUAAGCAAUGAUGUGGAGAUCCUUAAUUAUGGUUUUUAUUCUCUAAAUUUCCUCUGGAUUGCUCCGAUUCAAGCAAUAAUUAUCACAGUAAUACUUUAUCAGCGAAUAAAAAUUUCGUGUUUUAUGGGAAUCUUAAUUAUUUUCAUGCUCUUUCCUUUACAAGCAUACAUGGGUAAAUGGGUGAAUAAUUUGACUGAGAAGGCUUCUUUACGGACAGAUACGAGGCUUUCACUGAUGGACGAAAUCAUCCAUGGGGUACAAGUAAUUAAAAUGUACGCUUGGGAAAAGUCAUUUUCUCAUUUGGUUGACAAAGCGAGAGCAAAAGAGAUGAGCGUUCUUAGGAAAAUAUCUUUUAUUGACGCUAUUACAAUUUGCUUUGACACUUACAUUCCUCGAGUUUGUGUUUUUGUUAUCAUAUUGACUUACGUUUUAUUCGAAAAUCACGUCUCGGCCGAGCAAGUUUAUAUGGUCACAGCUUUUUACAACGAAUUAAGAACUUCUAUAAAUAUCCAUAUGGCACUUGGGAUACAGUUUACUGCGAAAACGCUCGUAUCUAUCAAACGCCUUGAGCGUCUUUUAAUGCGUAAAGAAAUUCAUCCUACAAUAGAUAGAAAUAUUAUUGAUCAAACAAGCGAUCCCAACAUUGCAGUAAAACUUACUGAAGCAUCUACCAAGUGGUCCCCCGAGAUUAAAAAAAACACCAUUCAUAACAUCAGUUUUAAUGUUAAACGUGGUUCACUUUCUGCAAUUAUCGGACAAGUAGGAUCUGGUAAAAGCAGCUUGCUUCAUGUCAUACUCGAUGAACUUCCACUUUCAAGUGGGAGUAUUCAAGUUUCAGGAACAAUUGCUUAUGUUAGUCAAGAACCUUGGGUAUUUGCAUCUUCCAUCAGACAGAAUAUACUUUUUGGAUUACCAAUGGACAAAAAACGGUAUGAAGAAGUAGUAAAGGUUUGUCAGUUGGUACAAGAUUUUUCUAUGUUUCCCUUUGGAGAUAAAACGCUUAUUGGUGAAAAAGGGAUAACAUUGAGUGGGGGUCAAAAAUCCAGGAUCAAUCUGGCAAGAGCAGUCUAUAGAGAUGCUGAUAUUUAUCUGUUAGACGAUCCUCUAUCAGCUGUUGACACCCACGUCGGCAGGAAAAUUUUUGACGAUUGUAUUUCUAAGUACUUGAAAGGAAAGACAAUUAUCCUAGUAACACAUCAGCUUCAGUACCUCAAAAAUGUUGAUAGAAUAUUCAUUUUGAAUAGUGGUUCAGUGGAGAUGGAAGGUAACUUUAACAGUUUGCAUAAGUCAGGAUUAGAUUUAUUAAAAAUACUUCCAAUCACGGAUGACAAUGAUGAGAAAGGUCAUGGUGGUUAUAAAGGUUCUAAAGACACACAUGAAAUCAAUAAUGAUCAAUUUAUAACACUUGAAAGAAACCUCAAAGAGAAUAAAAAUUUCAACGAUGAACCACAAGAGAUUGCCGAACAUCGAGCAGUUGGCAAAACUUCUGGUAGGGUUUAUCUCUCUUAUUUGAAAGCAGUUGGAAAUAUAUGGAUUGUAUUCUCAGCAAUUUUUCUAAGUAUAUUGUACCAAAUCGUUGCCACUUCUGGAGACAUCUUUCUGGCAAGUUGGGUUGAUAAAAUAGAUCAAAGUGCAAAUGCAACUUCAUUAGAUGGUAUGGACAAUAUGUGGUAUAUUCAAACAUUUAGUAUAUUAUCUGUAAUGGCAGCAGUUCUAGCAAAUGCAUUUUUUCUGAUGUUAUGUGAGAUGUGCAUGAGAUCUUCUCAAAACCUACAUUCCUUCAUGUUCUACAGCGUCAUGCGUGCAAGAAUGUCAUUUUUUCAUGAACAUCCAUCAGGAAGGAUAUUAAACCGAUUUUCGAAAGAUAUGGGUGCAGUUGACAAGCAACUGCCAUCCAUUAUAGAGGAUAUUGUACAAGCCGGUUUGUUGGUUGUGGCAGUUAUGGUAAUCAAUAUUUCUGCAAGUCCAUGGCUUCUGAUACCUACCGCAAUAGUUGCUUCCAUAUUUUAUGCAAUGAUUAUUGUCUACAUCAAAACAAGUCGCAGUCUGAAACGCCUAGAAUCUACAAAUCGAUCACCAGUCUUCAACCAUAUCAGCGCAACUUUACAAGGUCUCACAACUGUCAGGGCAUUUAAGGCUGAAACAAUCCUGACACAAGAGUUUGAUAAUUAUCAAAAUCUACAUUCAUCAGCUUGGUACAUGUUCACAUCUGGUGCAAGAGCUUUUGCUUUCUAUUUACAGUUUAUUUGCUCUCUCUACAUAGGUUUUGUUAUUUUCCUCUUUGUCUCUAUCAGUGACUACAUCUCUGCGGGAGACGCAGGAUUGGUUAUAACACAAUGUCUCUUACUCUCUGGCAUAUUGCAGUUUGGUUUCAGGCAAGUUGCAGAUCUGGAAAACCAGAUGACAUCUAUUGAAAGAAUCAGAGAAUACAGUCAUCUGGAAGAAGAACCGCCAUUAGAAACAAGCCCAGAAAAUAAACCGCUAGUUUCUUGGCCUUCUGAAGGGCGUGUAGAAUUUAAAGAAGUGUGCUUAAGCUAUCAUCCUUUAGAAGCACUAGUACUUAAGAAUUUGAAUUUUUUGAUACUUCCCAAGGAGAAAAUUGGUAUCGUGGGCAGAACAGGAGCCGGGAAAAGUUCUCUAAUCGCUGCUCUCUUCCAAUUAGCGUACUUAAAAGGGGAAAUAUACAUUGAUGGUGUAGCCACUAGUAAAUUGGGAUUACAUGAUGUCCGGUCUAAUAUCAGUAUUAUUCCUCAAGAACCUCUUCUUUUUGCUGGAUCUCUAAGAAGAAAUUUAGAUCCUUUUGACAAUUAUUCUGAUGAUGAUUUAUGGCAAGCAUUAGCAGAAGUGGAACUAAAGAAUUUUAUUAUGGAAUUAUAUGCUGGACUCAAUGCCAAGGUAUCUGAUGGUGGAUCCAACUUCAGUGUUGGUCAACGUCAACUUCUUUGUUUGGCACGUGCCAUUGUUAGAAAUAAGAAAAUUUUAGUGUUGGAUGAAGCCACUGCUAAUGUAGACUUACAAACUGAUAAACUUAUCCAAAAGACUAUUAGGUGGAGAUUUAAAGAUUGUACUGUGUUUAUCAUUGCUCAUAGAUUAAACACUGUAAUGGACUGUGAUAAAUUCAUAGUCAUGGAUUCUGGUUCUAUGGUCGAAUUUGGACACCCUUAUGAAAUCUUGAGAAAAAAAGGAUACUUAUACAAUAUGGUGCAACAAACUGGCCCUGAGAUGGCUGAAGUGCUUAUGAACAUGGCAGAAAGUGCAAAUCGGCAUUGAAUAUAAUUUUUCGAAUAUUCCUAUAGUUAUUUAAAAGUAAAUUUUCUUCCUGAAUUACCCAUAAGAUUAGCAAAAAUGAUCAUAAUAUAUAUUUUUUUAAUACUGG